GUGGAUUACGAGGUAGAGAUGCAAAGCAGCUUAAGAUUGAUCAUGUUAAAAUGGGCACCGAUAAGAAUUUGAAAAUUAAUAUUCACCGUGAAAAAAAUCAUGCAGGUGGAUUAAAAAAUCUCAAUAAUUCAGAUCGAGUAUGCCAAAUACCACCUGAUAUGGAUGUUCCUGUUUCAGAUAUUUUAUAUUAUAUAUUUCGUCGUGGAAAUUACUUUAAAUCAGAAGAAUUUUUUCUUAAAAUCGCUUCUGCUAAUGGAGUCGCUUCAUACCAUGUUUCACGACUAAAACUUUCAAAUCAAAACUCUUUAAACUGGAGUAUUCAAGAAACAUCUAAUUCUGAUUUUGCCGAAGAUGUGCCUGAAGUUCCUUUGGCUUCACGUAUGACAAUUUUAAAAAAAAUUGGCCCCGGUAUAAUAAGAAUUUUAAAGUUAUUUUGGCCUCACGUUGAUGACAAUUUUAAAAAAUUUGGCCUCGAUACU